AUGUCAACUGGGCUAUCAAUAAGAAGCCCUUACCCGACGAAAGGAGCACAACAAACAGUAGAAAAUUCCAAACCUUCCUCAUGCAUAAAUUAUGCGCGUCGGUCCAUGUUGGGAGGUAUGGGGUCACUUGUUCUAGCUUCCUGGUCACUUUUUCCGGAUUCUUCUUCUGCACGAGCCCCAGGAUCGAAUGAUGUUGGCGCAUCAAUUCAACAGAUACAAGAUGGUGCUCUGUCACUGAAGAUGCUCCUGAACAAUUGGUCGGACUAUGCCUCGAUUGACAGUGAAGGUCGAGCCCGAAGUACUGAUGGGGCCCGACGCAUACUGGGUGGUAUUGCUCCACAGGCCGGAGCAGCAGCGAUCGAUGCCGCAAAGAAUACACCGCUCUAUCGAAUUGACGUUGCCUUUGUCACAGUCCGCAAGGCAGUAUUGGAAGGGUCCAAUAAAAAUGAUCCAGACACGGCAUGGCGAGAUAAAUUCGACUUGGAACGCUUUGAAGAAUUGGCAGAUCGAGUGAUCUAUGGGACACAAAAAGCAGACGGAAAUUUUUAUUCAGUCCUCUUUGCUAUGAAAGGUACGACUAUGAUAGCUGAUAUCUUUGUGGAAACGAAAAAGUUGGUGCAACAAGGCAUCGACGAUCUAGAUAGUAUGGCGAGUCUCUUGCGAGAAGCAGGAGCACCUGGCGUAUAG